CCUUUUCCACCCGCUGCUGGACGUGCCCCCAAAAUAAAAAAUGUCGUAAGUCCUGGUGACCAGGAAGAGGCUUCUUAGAACGUGUCUGAAGUUUUCAGAAAAGCGGUCGAAGUGGGUGGCACGCAGAGGAUAAAUUGCGGCGCGGUGAGAGCCAAAGCUGCAGACAGCGGGCAGGUGGCGCGGAGCAGGACAGAGGCACCAGGAAGAGCCCUCCCGCAGCCACCAUGCUCCCUGCACGGCCUGUCCUGCUGCUCGCCCUGCUCCUCACCCUCUCCCUGCACCACACCGCAGCCCACUUCACUCCCAUCGAAUGCUGCUUCAAGUACACACAGAAAGCCAUCCGACACAUACAGAGUUUCUACGAGACAUCCAGCGACUGCUCCUUGCCUGCAGUUGUGGUUGUGGCUGCGAACGGUGCCGAGAUCUGUGCUGACCCCCAGAAGCUCUGGGUGAAGAGAGCCAUGAAAAAUCUUCCAAGGAAAAAAUGAAAUCCUCUUCCUGCUGUCCACCGUCAGACUCACCCAUCCAGUCCUCCCAUCUCCGGAGGGAGCAGACCAUGCUCACAGCACUUCUCCAAAGGCUCCCGUGGUGGUGGGUGCUGUCACCGCAGGUGCAGCCAGCCCGUACCCUGGCAGUACCAGGUGUCACAGCAGCAUGGACCAGCAGGCCACCAUGUCCCUCCCACUGUCACUGCCCUGCCAGGAUGCAUCCAGUGGAGCAAAUAUUUAUAAUAAAGACUCAUUGCCACAAGUUG